UUCUCCUCAGUCCUCACUCAACCAAAAUAAUAUCUCUCAUUAUCCUCAUUCACUCACUCUCUUGCACCAUUUAGAAGUUUAGAAAAAUGGCUACUGAAAAUGAAGAACUUGAAAACAUUGAGCUCAGGGAGGAUCUUCCAACUGAAAGGUUGGCUAAUGCAAGGCACGAGCUUGGUGAACAUAAUGGUGUAAACAUGUCCAUCGAGGUCUCUGACACUUUCGUCUUCAAAAAUCCUGAGAACAUGGGCAAAGCAUUUUUAGGUGAAAUUGGUCCUGAAACCGGCACUUACAUCUACAGCCGUCACUACAACCCAACCGUGUUAAAUUUUAGUCAUCAGUUGGCUGCCAUUGAAGGAACUGAGACUGCCUAUUGCACUUCCAGCGGUAUGGCAGCAAUAUCAUCGGUUUUGCUGGAGCUAUGCAAAAAUGGAGGACAUGUGGUGGCAGCUGAGUGUCUCUAUGGUUCGACUUAUGCGCUACUGAAUAAUUUCCUACCAGAGAAAUGCAACAUAACGACAGUCUUUGUGGACAUAACUAAACAUGAGGAUGUGAAGAAAGCAAUAGUCAAAGGAAAGACCAAUGUGCUGUACUUUGAAUCUAUCUCGAACCCAACUCUUGUUGUUGCUGACAUCCCUGAGCUGAGCAAAAUAGCUCAUGAAAAAGGAGUGAAGGUGGUGGUGGACAAUACCUUUACCCCGUUGAUUCUCUCACCAGCAAAACUUGGAGCUGAUGUUGUUGUGCAUAGUUUGACCAAGUAUUUCAGUGGUGGAUCUGAUCUCAUUGCAGGAGCCAUUUGUGGUCCUAAAGAAAUAGUGAAACCGUUGAUGGACUGGUCCCUGGGGCCCCUGAUGAUCCUUGGCCCCACAAUGAAUCCCAGGGAAGCCUAUGAAUUAUCAGCAAGACUUCCUCACUUAAGCCUGAGAGUGAAGAAACAGUGCAACCGAGCCAUGAAGUUGGCCCAGAGAAUCAAGGAAUUAGACCCGUCUCUCGGAAUCAUAUAUCCAGGCCUUGAAGGUCACCCUCAGCACAAACUCUUGGACUCCAUGCGCAACAAAGGUUACGGGUUUGGUGCGCUUAUCUCCAUUGACAUGGUAACUGAUGAGAAGGCCAACCUUUUGAUGGACAAAUUGGAAAACAAAUACAACUUUGGGUUCGUUGCAGUUAGCUUGGGCUACUAUGAGAACCUCAUGUCCGCCUCUGGUAGCAGCACCAGUAGUGAAAUGGAUCCUGAAACACUGAAACGCCUUGGCAUUACCCCAGGGCUGAUAAGGUGUUCUAUUGGAUACCUUGGCACUUUGGACCAGAAGUGGAACCAAUUCAAAAGCGCAUACGAAGAAAUGAAGGAGUGAUGCUACUUGUGCUACAAUGGUCCUCCACUCUACUGUUUGAUACUAUAAUAAAGAAAAAUGUAUCUUCCCUCUUCUAAGAGGUUUCUAAAUAUAUAUAAAUAAAUAAUGUGUCCUGCGCGCAUAAGGACUUGUUAGAAAGGAGAUCAAUGUUAUCUCCCUUCUGUAAUAAAAGAUCUGAUGGAUCUUUUAAAUUUGUGAUAAACUACUUAAUUAAUGCGUGUUUAUGCAUUUCUACAA